GUCUCGGGCGAGGCGGGGGAUUCAAGCGCGUUAUAAGGCGAGGAGCCCGGGACGCCCGGGACGCCGCGCUCGGAGCCACGAGGGACCCGCCGCCUGCAUGGCCCCGGCCCGCCGCCCCGCCGGAGCCCGCCUGCUGCUGCUCUACGCGGGCCUGCUGGCCGCCGCCGCGGGCCUGGGCUCCCCCGAGCCUGGGGCGCCCUCGAGGAGUCGCGCCCGCGAGGAGCCGCCGCCGGGGAACGAGCUGCCCCGGGGCCCCGGGGAGAACCGCGCGGAGCUGGCCGCCCAUCCGCCGGAGCCCACGGACGAACGUGCACACAGCGUCGACCCCCGGGACGCCUGGAUGCUUUUCGUCAGGCAGAGUGACAAGGGUGUCAAUGGCAAGAGGAGGAGCAGGGGCAAGGCCAAGAAGCUGAAGUUCGGCUUGCCAGGGCCCCCCGGGCCUCCCGGUCCCCAGGGCCCCCCAGGCCCCACCAUCCCACCCGAGGCGCUGCUGAAGGAGUUCCAGCUGCUGCUGAAAGGCGCGGUACGGCAGCGGGAGCGCGCGGAGCCCAGACCCUGCACGCGCGGCCCCGCCGGGCCAGUCGCCGCGAGCCUCGCCCCGGUCUCGGCCACUGCCAGGGAGGAUGACGAUGACGUGGCGGAGGUUGUGCUGGCGCUGCUGGCUGCGUCCCGGGCCCCGGGGCCGCCGCGCGUGGAGGCCGCCUUCCACUGCCGCCUGCGCCAGGACGUGUCGGUGGAGCGGCGUGCGCUGCACGAGCUUGGUGCCUACUACCUGCCUGACGCCGAGGGUGCCUUCCACCGCGGCCCUGGCCUGAACCUGACCAGUGGCCAGUACAGGGCGCCCGUGACUGGCUUCUACGCGCUUGCCGCCACGCUGCACGUAGCGCUCGGGGAGCCGCCGAGGAGGGGGCCGCUGCGCCCCCGGGACCGCCUGCGCCUGCUCAUCUGCAUCCAGUCCCAGUGCCAGCGCAAUGCCUCCCUGGAGGCUGUCAUGGGCCUGGAGGGCAGCAGUGAGCUCUUCACCAUCUCCGUGAAUGGUGUCCUGUACCUGCAGAUGGGGCAGUGGGCCUCUGUCUUCCUGGACAACGCCAGCGGCUCCUCCCUCACAGUGCGCAGCGGCUCCCACUUCAGCGCUAUCCUCCUGGGCGUGUGAGCGGCACCACAGCCCUUUCCUCUCACGGGCAAAUGGAACAGAGGUCUAGACUGUGUGGACAGUGUCAAGUGGCAGUGGCCGCGUGCAGGAGGCCCACCUGGAACUUCCCCCACACUGGCUGCUGCAAUUCAGCCCACAGAGCCACUAGAGGCAGGCCUGCGGAGGUGGUCCCAGAGCCGGGAGUGAUUCAGAACACCAUCUUUUAAAAGGGGAAGCCCUGUUGGACUGUUAACCAGGAAACGGUAGGUGUGCCUGGGGCACCUGCUAGUCCCCAGCUGCAGACUGGCUCUUUCCUGGCCUGCUCAGCACCUGCCCAGAUGGCCUCUGCGUCUUUCCUGCAGCCCAGCCCCAGCUAUUCCACCUCUCUUCAUGUUCUCAGAGUGCCGAGCGCACUGGCCAGGGUCCCUGCCUGGAAGAGGAUACACUGGUGCAGGGCUGAGGGGGCGCCACAGGGAAG